CCGCUGCUGCUGCCUCGGCGGGCCGACCUGCAGGAGGCGGCGGCGGCGGAGGCGGCCGAGGCCGAGGGAAGAUGGCGGACGGUGUGGACCACAUAGACAUUUACGCGGAUGUGGGCGAAGAGUUCAACCAGGAAGCAGAAUAUGGUGGGCAUGAUCAGAUAGAUUUGUAUGAUGAUGUCAUCUCUCCAUCUGCAAAUAAUGGCGAUGCCCCAGAAGAUCGCGACUACAUGGAUGCUCUUCCACCAACUGUUGGUGAUGAUGUGGGUAAAGGAGCCGCACCCAACGUUGUCUACACUUACACUGGGAAGAGAAUCGCAUUGUAUAUUGGAAAUCUAACAUGGUGGACAACAGAUGAGGAUCUAACUGAGGCCGUUCAUUCUUUGGGAGUAAAUGACAUUUUGGAGAUAAAAUUUUUUGAAAAUAGGGCAAAUGGACAAUCAAAAGGAUUUGCCCUUGUUGGUGUUGGAUCUGAAGCAUCUUCCAAAAAGUUAAUGGAUCUUUUGCCUAAAAGAGAACUUCAUGGUCAGAAUCCUGUUGUAACUCCAUGCAAUAAACAGUUCCUGAGUCAAUUUGAAAUGCAAUCCAGGAAAACUACACAAUCAGGACAAAUGUCUGGGGAAGGUAAAGCUGGUCCUCCAGGAGGCAGUUCACGUGCAGCAUUUCCACAAGGUGGUAGAGGACGGGGCCGUUUUCCAGGGGCUGUUCCUGGUGGGGACAGAUUUCCUGGGCCAGCAGGACCAGGAGGGCCACCUCCACCUUUCCCAGCUGGACAAACUCCACCACGUCCACCUUUAGGCCCUCCUGGCCCACCUGGUCCACCAGGUCCUCCACCUCCUGGUCAGGUUCUGCCACCUCCUCUAGCAGGACCUCCUAACCGAGGAGACCGCCCUCCACCACCAGUUCUUUUUCCUGGACAACCUUUUGGGCAGCCUCCGCUGGGUCCACUUCCUCCUGGGCCUCCACCUCCAGUUCCAGGCUAUGGCCCCCCUCCAGGUCCACCGCCUCCACAGCAGGGACCACCUCCACCUCCAGGCCCCUUUCCACCUCGACCACCAGGUCCACUAGGGCCUCCCCUUACACUUGCUCCUCCUCCACAUCUUCCGGGACCACCUCCAGGUGCCCCACCACCAGCUCCACAUGUGAAUCCUGCUUUUUUUCCUCCACCAACUAAUAGUGGCAUGCCAACAUCAGAUAGUCGAGGUCCACCACCGACAGACCCAUAUGGCCGACCUCCCCCAUAUGAUAGGGGUGACUAUGGUCCCCCUGGGAGGGAGAUGGAUGCUGCAAGAACACCUCUGAGUGAGGCUGAGUUUGAAGAAAUCAUGAAUAGAAAUCGGGCAAUCUCAAGCAGUGCUAUUUCAAGAGCUGUGUCUGAUGCUAGUGCUGGUUUGUAUAUUUGUUUCUUCACUUUUGAAGCUUUACAGUUAACGGACAGCAUUAAUCCAGUAAUUUCUUUUAGAAGACGUGAACGAUCAAGAGAACGGGACCAUAGUAGAUCACGGGAAAAGAGUCGGCGACAUAAAUCUCGGAGUAGGGAUCGCCAUGAUGAUUAUUACAGAGAGAGAAGCAGAGAACGAGAGAGACACCGGGAUCGGGAUCGGGACCGUGACCGAGAGCGUGACCGAGAGCGAGAAUACCGUCAUCGUUAGAAGCUGAAGGAAGAGGAACACCUUCCAAGACAAAACAGUCUUCACGGGGGAAAAGUGACGCUUGUCCAGCAGUUUGCUUCUUGUGAUUGAACUGAACCUGUAAGGAUUCAUGGAUAAACUGAACAGGAAUAGAUCUGAAUAAAGCAAAUCUGCAUAAAUGGUAACCAGUAGCUCUACUUUUAUUUUUUAUGUUGCUUAACUGUUUUAUUUGAAGGAAACCUGUGUGAUUUAAAAAGUUAAUAGCUUUUGCAACUUUAUUACUGGUUAUAUAUAUUUGGCCAUUAUAAUGUGCAAGCAAUUGGAAAAAGUCAAGUAAAUGCUUGUUUUUAUAGUAGUUUGUUCUUGUUAAAAUGUUCAUAUGAUAAUGUCUGUAAACAGCACCAAUUUGAUUACACUAGAUGUAGUGUUGUAAUAAACUGUUUAAUGGGGCUGAUGUGUAAAGCUGUUCAAGUUAUUUGAUGUUUACACCUCAGGGAAAGUCUUGUGUUCAGCAAUAUCUAAAGAUAAUGUUACUAUGACAACAUUUUUACUGUCCUUUAAAAAAGCAUUGCAAUAGCGUGUUUGGAUAUGCAUCAAUCUAAUCUUGCGUUCAGUGAAUUAAACAUGACUAAUUAAGUGUCUAUUGCCCUUGAUUUUGAUAUUAGCAUAGGUGAUUACAUGGGUAUUUAAUAUUUCUAUAUCCUGCUUUUCUAGCUGUUUUUACCUAGUUAGCUUGUGAUUUUGCUGAAUGGUAUGUAAACGUGUAAAAACUGAAAUUUGACAGAGAAAUCCAGUCAAUGUGUUAGGGGGUCAAAAAAUUGAAGGUUGUAACAUUUUUGGUAAAAACUCAUGUAUUUGCUACAGUAGUGCAGCUUAAUUACAACCCAGAUAUACUGCUAGCAUUUAAGAUAGAUUUUGAUAAUUCUGGUUUCAUGCAGUAAUUUACUGUUUCAUGCUGAUGGUGCCAUAGGCAGUGUAAUUAUGGCUAUACAGCAAGAUAAGUAAAGAAAGCCCUAGUAUUGUACUUGAUUCAGAUUUCUGAAGGGUGUGAUGCUUAUUAACCUUGGGCUGUAUUCAGUGUGAAUAAUGAAAAAUUAAGAGUUACGCUGUCUUCAUGGCUCAAGGAAUUAUGUGUGUAUUCCUGUAACCUUGUUGAUUUAUGCUUGAUUAGAGUUAAUCAGUUGAUUUUUUUCUUUCUUUCUUUCUUUUUUUUUUUAAAGAUCCAGCCUUAAUAAAAGGUUGUAUUAAAAGCACCUGGCUAGCAUGUAUUAUGCAAAAAUAGCAGAAACAGACUGUCAAUUUGAUUGCCUAUUUUUAUAGGAAGGCAAAAAUCUUACUAAAGAAGUUUAGGUAAAGCCCUUAAGCUAAUUUGUGAUAAAUGUUUUAAAGAUCUUAUUACCUAUUUGAGAUCUUUGGAUAGUAUGCAUUGACCUUUAAAGUUUACCUAAAUUUAAGAGCAACGCUUAAGGUGUGUACCAUAGGUUGAGAUAAUGUGCAACUUGAGAGAUUUGUACUUUUCUUCUUCAGAUUUAUCUUCUCUGCUUUUAAAAUAUUCAGAAAUAUCCAUACCACUGCCAGUUCAUUUUAAAACAUCUUGUGAGCAGAGUGAUUUUUUUUUUUUUUUUUUUUUUUGGAAGGGAUCAUUAGUGUUUACCACAACUGUUGUUAGCUCUCAGAAAUGAUUUUUCUUAAGUGUUUAAUCUUGUUGAAAUGCAAUUACCUUUUAAUUUGGGAGUUGUAUCAAAAUCUAUUUUCUUGUUUUGUAUAUAGGUCUUGUAAGUUUUUGUCAUUUCUUAGCUUUUUUUAAUAGUUCAAUUACAAUACCCUAAUGUGAAGCUGUUUGGACAUACAUGUGUUUACAAGGGAGAUUAGUUAAUAGUGAGAUUAAAAGGUAAGUACAAUGUCCAUAGAUAGAAUUUUCUCUGAACAUUUUAAAAAUGGAAUCAAAAAAUACAUAUACUUGAAAUGAAACUGGAGAUUUUGUACUACUUUUAAUUCUUUAUUACCUUUUAAUUUUUUCUUUUUUUAAAAAUCAGUUGGAACCCUUUCGUUGCUCUUUGUCACCCUUCUUGCUUGGCUUACUUUAUUCAUAAGCGACUUUGGAUGCAGAUAGUGUAUUAGCGUUGCUUGCUGCUGCUAGUCCAUUAUUUUAAGUGUUGUUAGGAAGAAAUAAAAUAACUUUGGUUUGUCUAAUUUUGCAGUGUCUCCUACCUGAUAACACAUGAAUGAAUGUAUAGCAGUAAAAGUAAACAUUACAAACCUUGUUUUAUUUGUCAAAGCCCUUCUGUUGUCUAGGAGCCAGUUUCAUUUGAAAACUGGUUUUUAAUGUGUAAAAGCAAUCCAAAGAGACGAAAUUUUACAAAGACACCAAAAAAAAAAAAAAAUAAAUAAAUAAAUAAAAUAAAAGAGAGAGAGAAAGAGAAAGAGAGACAGACAGAGAAGUCAGAGAGCAGAAAAAAGGAGCCAGGGAGAGUUUUAAACACGUGUAGUUCAUAUAUAGCGGCAGUGACAGCAAGCUUGAGUUUAUCUUGAGUCCUAGCAUUGCUCAGUGCUGUGCAGUCACAUUCCUUGCAGCUAGUAGUGAGAUUCCACAUGGUAUUUCUCCUGGAGUGGCACUUUGAAUUGAAUAUACUGCUUUGAGGGAAAGGAAAUACAUUUAUAGAAAGGAAUUCUUUCAGUGUAAAUUUACAUGUGUUUAUGUUUUGUCAGUUUUCAUCAGCAAGAUGAGCAAGAUUCUGAGUGACUUGCCGUAGCUAUCGAUCAUGUUAGACCAUUUCGUGUCUCCUUAACUAUAAUCUUAAGCAGUUAACUACAAUUUGGAAUUUACAAAUAGCAUGUAGCUUAAGGUAUUAUUUUAAUUUGAUUCUCCUAUGGAGACUUGUUGCUUUAGUUUUUACUAGUUUAAAGUCAGUUCUAAAAAUAAACAUGGAAGUUUUCAUGAAUGUUGUAUAAUAUUUUAUAGUAAAGGGGGGAAAUUUUUUAAAGGGUAAGACUUUUCUCUUUCCCUGCAUUGAAAUGUGCCAAUAGCCUGAGUACAUUCUGUUUCAUACGAGAUGCUACUGCAAGACUCUUUGACUGGAGUGCUUGUGACACUACAGUUUUGCUACCCAAGUGGUUUUGCAGUAUCUGUAUUUGCAAGGUGGCCCCAAUAUUGCGUUUUAGGAUUCAGCCUCAGUUAUUUUAAGAGGAAGUUUAUGCUCUGAUUCUUCACUGAGAAUUCAGUAUUGAGAUUCUUGCUAUUGCACAAAUAAACUGAUUUUUAAAUUUUAUUCAUGAACUACAUUUGCAUCCCAUAGCCCUCUGUAAAUGUUUCCCCCAGUUGUAUGUACUUACUAAAUGCACGCUUUUUCAUUGUACAUACUAGACUUUUUUUUGUGCUAAAAUUUAUUAAGUAGGGUUUUUGUAGCAAAGCAUUCUAUUUUUAUGUUCUUAUAGUGUAUGUGUUAACAUUAAUAUUCAGUUUAAACACUGGUGUAUUUAUUUUUAGCAACUUGACUCCUAGAAGCCUUAGACUAAUUUUUAAAUAAACAUUCAACCAAAAAUUAUGAAUUUCUUGAGAUGUGGCCUUAUAUGUGGUGUUUUCUGUGUUCAUAAUGUGAGAUUUUUUUUAAAAUUUAGAUUUUAUUUAAAUCAAGAUUUAGAAUUAGUUUCAUUAUAAGUCAAAAUAGAAAAUGUAUUAAGCGUCUAGGCUUCUGGGAGGAAGUUCUUACACUCUUCUUUCUUGGCAUUAGAAAGAAGCAAUAUGAAUUUAUGAAUAUUCUAAAUAUUCAGGCCAUUGUAUUGUGUUCAGAUUGCUUUAGGCUUGUUUUAGCCCAGUGUUUCUUUAAAGUUCCAGGUGGUUGGAUUUCACUGAGUAUACAGCUACUGUGGUUUUUAUAUGGGGUGUAUGAAAUCUUGGUUACAUAUAGGCAGAUUUCCAUGUUUUUAAAGAAUUUCUGCUACAUUAAUUAUGCUGUAUCGGGGGCAUUUAAAAUAUUAGGUAACAUUUAAUGAAGUCACACAGGUCUUGAAUGGUAUUCGUGGAUAGUAAAUACUACGAGCAGUUUUUCAUAUCAGAGAGGGAGUACCCUAAAACUACACCAUGGGAGUAAAUUACAAUCAUUUCAUAAUUGGAUAUACCCUUCAUUUUCGUAAAAAUACUUCAUUUUUGAAAGUUAUUUUUUGCCACACUGUUACUGCGUAACACUUCUCAGCAUUUCUGUAUACAAACUAUUUUAAAAUACAGUGAUCAAUUCAUGUUUGUUUAUUUUUUACUUCAGAAAUUGUAGUACUCAGGUGGUAUUUAAUGGGAAAUGAUUCUUUGAUGUGAAUCAUAAUGUAUUUUGAGGACUGCAACUAAAACACAUGACUUUAGCCUUAAGAAAAGGUCUAUUAUUCCUUCCUUUGCAUCCCAUGGUAUAUUAGCAAAGUAGUUUACAGCCCUGCACAGCCUUAAAAAGUUGUUUUACAAUUUUUUAUGGAAAACCCUUAACAAGAAAAAAUUGUAUCAUAUUACAGUACUGAUGAGUCAUUGAAUAAUCACCUUUUGUAAAUAAGUUGUCUGAUAUCAGAAGGCCAAAGAAAGUCUUGAGAUUUUAGCUAUUGAAUGUGGUGACUUCAUAAGAUUUCUGUGCAAAAGGUAAGGUGAGAUUCCAUUCAAUAGGCAUUCUUUUAAUGUCCAUGAAUACUAGACUUCCAUAUUAGCUUCCUUCAAAAGGCUCAUUCCCAUUUUAUUAAAAUGUUUGUACUUGCAAUUUUGUUUAAUGUUUACUUUGUCUUUUCUUUCUUUAGCGUUUAGGUGACUGUUCAGNAGUUUUCUAUAUGGCCAUUGUUGGCCUAAAACUGCGCUAGUAACAAGCAUGGUAUUUAUCUUGUAUUGAAAAUAAAAACAAAGUUUUGGUAAUA